CUCGGGCUUGAGCCACCUUGACUCCGGAGGUGCCGGGCAGUGCCCGGGGGCGCUUUUGCGCGCGGAACGACCGCGGGAUUGGCAUCUGGUCUCUGGAGAGCGGUGAGCUCCGUGUACAUCCAACCAGGGGCGCAGAGUUUAGACUGGAAGGCACAGUGGACGACAUCCCGAGCAGCUCAUUUUACAGAUGGGGAAACUGAGCUUCAGAGGGGGCGUGGCUUGCCCCAGCCAGACUCCUUGUUGAAAUUUGAGGAGGGUGCUGUCUUCUCAGAGAGCCUGGCUGGAGAAGACUGAAGGUCAAGGUUAGAAGCCUGAGUGAUUCCCCCCAGAACGUGGAUCAUGGCCUCGGAGGUGCCGAGAGUAACCACUCCCCUGAGCCCCUUAGUCCGUGUCCCUCAAGAGGAAGAUGACCAGGAGGAGGAGGUCGCCACCAUGAUCCUGGAAGACGACUCCUGGGUGCAGGAAGCUGUGCUGCAGGAGGAUGGCCCUGAGUCGGAGCCCUUUCCCCAGAGCGCCGGCAAGGGCAGCCCCCAUGAGGAGGUGGCCGGAGGGCCACAGGGUGCCCUUGGCCGUCUUCGAGAGCUCUGCCGGCGCUGGCUGAGGCCAGAGGUGCACACCAAGGAGCAAAUGCUGACCGUGCUGCCAAGGGAAAUUCAGGCCUGGCUGCAAGAGCAUCGGCCCGAGAGCAGCGAGGAGGCGGUGGCCCUGGUGGAAGAUUUGACCCAGACCCUUCGGGACAGUGAUUUUGAGAUCCAGAGUGAAAAUGGGGAGAACUCUAACCAAGACAUAUUUGAGGAUGUUGAAUCACAUGAAAUGUUCUCCGAAAUGCCUGAAGGGGAAGGCAUUCCACAAUCUGACUGGGAAAGUGACUUGGAGAGAGACUGCAGCUCCCGGGGGCCCCGGGGAAACACCCCAGGGGAGGACCAUGGGGAGGUGCCACCCCAGAGCAGGGAAGUUGGACAGCUCAUAGGCCUUCAGGGCACCUACCUGGGUGAGAAGCCCUAUGAGUGUCCCCAGUGUGGGAAAACCUUCAGCCGGAAAUCCCACCUCAUCACGCACGAGCGGACCCACACAGGAGAGAAAUACUACAAAUGCGAUGAGUGCGGAAAAAGCUUUAGUGAUGGUUCCAACUUCAGUAGACACCAAACUACUCACACCGGGGAGAAACCUUAUAAGUGCAGGGACUGUGGGAAAAGCUUCAGCCGGAGUGCAAACCUCAUCACCCACCAGAGGAUCCACACGGGAGAGAAACCCUUCCAGUGUGCUGAGUGCGGCAAGAGUUUCAGCAGGAGCCCCAACCUCAUCGCCCAUCAGCGGACUCACACGGGGGAGAAACCGUACUCGUGCCCCGAGUGUGGCAAGAGCUUUGGAAACCGGUCCAGCCUGAACACACAUCAGGGGAUCCACACGGGAGAGAAGCCCUACGAAUGUAAAGAAUGCGGUGAAAGCUUUAGUUACAACUCCAACCUCAUCAGGCACCAGAGGAUCCACACAGGAGAGAAGCCGUACAAGUGCCCCGACUGCGGGCAGAGGUUCAGCCAGAGCUCGGCCCUCAUCACCCACCGGAGAACUCACACGGGAGAAAAACCUUAUCAGUGCAGCGAGUGCGGGAAGAGCUUCAGCCGCAGCUCCAACCUGGCCACGCACCGGAGGACCCACCUGGUGGAGAAGCCCUACAAGUGCGGGGAGUGCGGGAAGACCUUCAGCCAGAGCUCCAGCCUGAUUGCACACCAGGGGAUGCACACGGGCGAGAAGCCCUAUGAGUGCCUGACAUGUGGGGAGAGCUUCAGCUGGAGCUCCAACCUCAUCAAGCACCAGAGAAUCCACACGGGUGAGAAGCCCUACAAAUGCAAUGAGUGUGGGAAAGGCUUCAGCCAGCGCUCCCAGCUGGUGGUGCACCAGAGGACCCACACGGGUGAGAAGCCCUACAAAUGCCUCAUGUGCGGCAAGAGCUUCAGCCGGGGCUCCAUCCUGGUCAUGCAUCAGAGAGCCCAUCUGGGAGACAAGCCAUACAGGUGUCCCGAGUGCGGGAAAGGCUUUAGCUGGAAUUCAGUCCUCAUCAUACACCAGCGAAUACACACCGGGGAGAAGCCCUACAAAUGCCCCGAGUGCGGCAAAGGCUUCAGCAACAGCUCCAAUUUUAUCACACAUCAGAGAACUCACAUGAAGGAGAAACUUUACUGAAGGGGCAGAGAGGGAAGGUGAGGGACUGGCCCAGGAGGGCACUUGCCACUCUGCCCCCAGACAGGGAUGUGUCUGUAGAAGAGCCAUUCUUCCUAAAGGCUUGUUGGGGAUCUUUGCCAGAAUCUUACCCCUACUCACCCUCAUUUCUAGGAUCCCAUCGUCUUAGUGGUCAGAGUCAAACCCCGAGAACAGAGCGUAGGAAUGGAAGGUCGGAAAGCUAGGGCUUUUUCUGUCACGUUUCUUGACUUGAUUGGCUCCUUCUCUCUCCAUCCUCUGUGCCCCAGUUUCCUCUUUGGUAGAACAGGGGGGAUAUUUCUCUGUGUGGAACAGAAGACAGUAUGGCCCACAUUUUAGAGAAAUACCAGAAACCUGUUGGUGUUGUCUGGUCGUUCUGCUGCCAGUUGUUGGGCUAAGGUGCCUUCACCCGAGCUGCUAGCAUCCCAGGGCCCCUGCCAUGGCAGAACUGGCCCUUCCUGCCUUUGUGUCCUGGGGUUUGAUUUCGGGUCAAGGUGGAGGGGCUUCUCCCAUUCUGAGUCAUCCGCAUGAAGCUAAAGCCCUUUUCUCGUUCUAGAAAGUGUCAGGAACACCGGAACACGAGGGAGUCUGGCCCAGAACCAGUGUCCCAGUACCUUCCCAUUGAUAGGAGUUGCCCGGGGCCUGCCAGGGAAGGCAUAAAUGGAGAUGUAUGUGUUUGCUCUUGUCUCUGCUUACUGUCCUGGGGUAAGUCGGCUGUGGGUCGGUGGGGACACAUUUAUUCUUGCAGGGUUUUAGUUUUUGAGCGUGAGGUGAAGUCAGAGCCGCCAGCUGCCUCCCCCUGGUGGAUGGUAUUUCUGUCUUCUUCAGGGUGAAACAGUCCUGCACUCUGCAGGGUUGCCUUGUGUCUUUACCCCCCAGAUACAUGGCCCUGUAAUCAUCACUCUGUGCACUUGUCGUUUUUAUCUUAUAUAUGCAGAUCUAGAAUUCUGUCUGGUAGCUUUUGUAUACAAAGAACGUUAUUUUUAAGGAAGUGUUGAUUUUGAGGACACAUCACCUGUACCCUGGAGAGAUUUGGGCUUGAAUCAAGAGUUGUCCUACAGAUGUCGCCCUUGAUCUUGGGAUGCUACCAGGGCUUCGUUCUUGGGUCCUUGAGCUAUGAAACAGUAAAGACAGGAUGAUAGCAGGUGAAGGGCUUUGUUAGGAGGGAAGAGGAGGGUAAAUAGGCUUUUCUCUCCUACGCGUAGGGCCUGCCUUCAGAACGCACCUUGGUUCUUACAGGGUGGAUGCUCCAAAUUGCCUAAUAAAGUACAGUCCCACUCUU